AUACGUGUAAAUCAGUAAAAUAGAACAUGACGACAUAUUGAUGGGGUAGGAAUGAUUACAAGUAUUGCACGGUAGAACGACAAAUACCCAAUCAUCUGAGCUAGGUUUGGCUACCUAAAUAGCCAUAUUGGUGGAUCUACUAUGGAUAAUGAUGUGCUAACUACGCUAAAGAUUUUAAUCGUCGGCGAAAGCGGGGUUGGUAAAUCAAGUUUACUCCUGCGGUUCACUGAUGACACUUUUGAUCCUGACAUAGGAGCUACAAUAGGUGUUGAUUUUAAAGUAAAAACAUUGACAGUGGAAGGAAAUAAAGCCAAGCUAGCAAUCUGGGACACAGCAGGCCAAGAAAGAUUCCGUACACUUACCCCUAGCUACUAUCGGGGUGCUCAAGGGGUUAUAUUAGUAUAUGACACCAACAGCCGGGAGACAUUUGACAAGCUGGAGGAAUGGUUGAAUGAAGUUGAGAUGUAUUCCACCAAAAAGGACAUUGUCAAGAUGCUUGUCGGCAACAAAAUUGAUAAGAACAAUAGAGAGGUUGACAGAAAGCAAGGUUUGCAGUUUGCACGGAGGCAUUCUAUGCUAUUUAUUGAAGCAAGUGCAAGAACAAAGGAAGGAGUUCAGCUUGCUUUUGAGGAAUUAGUUGAAAAGAUAAUUCAGACGCCAGGGUUAUGGGAGAAUGAAAAAAGCAGUGGCAUGAGGCUGACCUCAGGCGGGCCACAGACGGUGGAGGGAUGCAGUGGCUACUGCAGCGUUCUUUAGGCCAUUUGUCAUAUACAGCUGCGUGCUGGGAACAGUGCAGUAAUGCAAUGGCUAGAGGGAGCUUUCACCAAAGAAUCAAGAGAAUUUUUGUCGGCAAACUUGGCAAGCUUUUAGCAAAAAAAGAACAAAAAAAGAAACUUAUUGAAUCAGUCAGAGAGGGGAUAUUUUCAUUGAAAGAUUUCUUUGUUCAUUUUGGAGUGAAUUUGCCACGAAAAAGUCAUGAUUUUUUUGUGCAUGUAUUUCAGUAUUCUUAGAUUCAGUGCCUUGUACAGUAUAUUUGGGGAAUAACGUACAUCAGUAGGCGUUGGUUUGAUGCUCUCUCUCCUAGCAUAUCAAAGCAUAGCAUAAUGCGGUUACUGACUUGAACCUUUAGUGCAGAUGUGUGUAUAUAGUUAGGUUUACAGUAGAUAGAUCCUACGACCCCUCUAUGCUUCUUCAAAGACCUAAUACAGACAUAAUGCUCUAUCUGUCAGUCAAGAAACAAUGGCAGCUGUCUACUUCUAUGCUCGGUUUUAUGCUUGGUACCAGUAAAUCUUGUUCACUUAUUUACGCUUAGUAAAUAUGCUAAUAAGUGAAUCUCUGAGACCUUGGUACUCAGAAUAACCGCCGUAUACAUAGCUAUGGAGACUAUGAUAACGGGGUAGCCCAACCCUGCCAAAUGACACAUUACAGUAAGUAUAUAUACAGUAAAUAUAUGUCGUAUAUAAUCGUACCAUUUCUUUACUUAAAAAUGUAUGGGCCUCAGAUCAGCCAGGGAUAUUAUUUUAGUGUAGUUAGAGAUUAGCAAAUGAAGGAAAGAAAAAGGCUCCUUUGUUAGUUACCAUUUUUUUACGUUUGCUACUUCUUCAACCCGUCACUGUUAACAAGUGAGUGGUCACCAAUGAAUUGGUGUGAAAGCAAAAAUAAUGUGCACUGAUGCAGUCCAUUUUUGAUAUUAAAGACAACCCUAAACAGAUUGCACUGUUCGAUAAAAUAAAGAUGUUACGAUACUGUAUGAUAUUAAAUUUGUUUUCAUCUAUUUCAAUAAACGUUAAAUAAAUAAA